AUGCUAACCUUGCCCAAAGAGGUGUUGAUGGACUUGUAUGAAGCUGUUUUCUACGAACUGCUCGAGCUUCGCGAACUUUACACAGCCAGCGAAAUGCUGACCAAAUGCGAUGUUUUAGUGCAGAUGAAGACCGAGCGGAAAGAAAAAUACCUCCAAAUGGAAUACUGGCUCAAGAAGCCUUCUUUCGAUCCCAUCGAAGCCUAUCCCGUCGGAGAAACCAAAGAAACGCGUCGCCAGCGACUCGCCAGCACGCUCACUUCCUACAUCACCGUCGCUCCUCCUUCUCGUCUUCUCACUCUUCUGCAGCAAGCGCUCGCCUUCGAGAAAUCCAACGGAACGCUUCUCGAAGGCGAGCGCUUGAAUCUCUUCCAGAACCGCACAGAAACGCUUCUUCUCGAAGACGAAAUCCCCACGAUUCGCGGUCCCGCGGUUCAGUUCCCCCACGGAACGUACCCCGAGGUUGUCUGCGUGUCCCCGAACGGCCAGUUCGUUGUGAGCGGUAGUUUCGACGGGCUGAUCGAAGUGUGGGACCUGGAAGAAGGCGGUCUGAAGCUCGAUUUGCCCUACCAAAAACAGGAGAAGUUCAUGGCCCACGCGAAGAGCGUUCUGAGCCUCGCCUUCAGCAGCGACAGCGAGUUCCUGGCGUCCGGCGAUUUGGCGGGGACGAUCAAAGUGUGGCGCGUGGCGACGGGCGGCCUGCUGCGCCGCUUCAGCGAGGUCCACGAGGCCGGCGUGACGUCGCUCUGCUUCAACGCCAGCGCGCAGCAGAUCUGCUCGGCGUCGUACGACGGGACGGUGCGCGUGCACGGGCUGAAAAGCGGGAAAACGCUUAAAGUGCUGCGUGGUCAUAGCAGCUACGUCAAUCACGUGACCUUCACGGCGGACCAGCAGCACGUGCUGAGCGCGUCAAGCGAUGGCUGCGUGAAGCUGUGGGAUCUGGGGACGAGCAGCUGCGUGCGGACGCUGCAGCCGGCGCGUGCUGCGUCGAGUUUCGCGGAGAUUCAGGUGAUCAGCGCGGAGCGAUUGGUGCAAAACCCGGAAUGGGUUCUGGUGGUGGCGCGAUUGGACCGCGCGUUCGUGAUGACGAUGCAGGGAGGAUUGGUGUUUACGCUGCACGCGGAGAACGAGAAGGUGCAGUUCAUUGCGGGGUGCCAAAGUCCGCAUGGGAAAUAUCUGUAUUGCGUUGGAGAUGACGGGAAUCGGUAUUGCUUUUCGAGCGGAGAUGGCGAGUUGGUGGAGAAACGCGCGAUCGCAGAUCAUGAAUUGCUGGGAAUGGUGCAUUAUCCGAACAGGAACGCGAUGUUGGUGUAUUCGCAGAAGGGAGAAAUCGCAAGUUGGAGAAUAUAA